UCUUAAAUAUUUCUAACGAAAUACUUCCGAGUGCAAAGGGUUAAAAAGCUAAAGAGUUCGAAGGGAAUAGAGAUUUUAGCAACAAAUAGCAGCAGGUUUCCUGCUCGCUAGGUCCACCACUGUCCGCACAAGAGGAAACCGGUCAGUCAGUGCCCGACGAGGAAGAACGAAUAUUCACCCGGCUCUUCGCGAUUUUCCUCAAACGAUUCGGAGUCAGGGCCCAGUGAAGAUCGAGUCAGUAAAGUGAAUUUCCUCGGAAGAGACACGUCGAUUCAUUAAAAACUGGCGGUUUCCGGUAUCAAUCGAGUGCAACAUGCUUCGAAACCAAAGAAGAGUCUCGCAGAUCCUAAAAUGCAUGAUUGCCUGCGGACUGAUCGUUCUGAUCCUAAAAUUCACCGUUCUCCGCGUCGUUGAAGAGCAGGCGAUGCCCAAAUUCGAAGAACUUAGCAAACUGAUGAUGAAGGCCGAGACCGACAAUUUUAAGCGGAGGUUGAUGGUAAUGGACGUCUGUCGAAAGUACAACCUAGGGACCUACGAGGAGACCGAUAGACCUGCGAGUUUCAAGCAUCCACCUGCACCGCAGUAUUCGGUCUUUUAUAUAACCAGAUCGCAUAAUCUAUCAUACUGUCCGAUUUACAAAGCCGGCAGCACGACGUGGAUUUACAAUUUGUGCCUUCUGAUGGACGUGCCGGAGGAGCAGCUGAACAACGGGAGGGAGCAGAUAUCGGUGGUCGCGAGAAGAGCGAUACCGGAACUGGAGUAUCCGGAGGCGGAUGAGGUGAGGAUCGACGGAUCUUUCGUUGAGAACGAUGCGUGGGCGUGUCGGGGUUGCUGAGAGUCUGCGGAAGCGAAAGAAAAUUAUGUAAAAGGAACGGAGAGAUUGUGAAGAGACGAGGAAGGAAAGGAGAUGAAAAGAAAGUAAAAGAGAAGAUAAAAUAAAGUAGGAGAGAAUAAAAG